AUGGGCAACAACUGGGUUGUCUCUGCCAGCCGCCAAAAUUCACUUCAACAAUCUGUUUUUGAAUCCUCUGAUAGUGAUACGUAUUACGAUGCCCAAUCUUCUCAGGAUUUCCACUCGAAUGGUAAUACACAAGUUCAGCAAUACUCAAAACAAACCGUUGGCGAAUCUGCUGGAUACGAAGGGAUUCAACACCAAAUGUUCAUAUUUGGUUCGAAAGAUUCAGAGAAAUUAUUUGAAAUUGACAGAUUAUUGGAUAAUCAAUCUGGAUUCACUCGAAGAAUCGAUGAAAAACAUUUCAUUAUCGAUAUUCGUUCGAAUUUCAAUGAAUCGAAUCAAUCUAGUUAUGAAUCUAUUUAUCUAUUUCAAACAGAUCGUCCGACACUUUUUCUCUUCAUAAUUGAAAGCAGUACUGAUGGAAAAAUUGACAUAGAAUCAAUAAUUACAUUUAAAAUCCUCAAUGAUGUCUACUUAUUUGAUACUAAAUCGUGUUUAUUUGUUGUCAAUGGUUCAUAUACAAAUCAAAACCAAGAUACUAUAAAAAGUAAUAUUGAAUUAUUAUUGGAUCUUGAAGACAUUCAGCCUACCGUACCUACUAAACAAAAAGAAUUUUCAUGGACAUAUCCAAAAAUUAAAGAAUUAAAAGAUGAAUUCGAGCAAAAACCAAAUUGUUUGAGUGAAAUCUAUUAUUUAAAUAGUUUAUUGAAAGAAACCGAUGUCAAAACAGAAGACAAGGGUGAUUUACUUGCAUUUUCAUAUAGAAAUACGCAAUACUUUUAUGAUUAUAAGAAAAGCAAUUUAAGUUGUAAAAAUAAUCAAGGUAUUAAACUUUUAGAUAAGAAAGGGCUCGAUAUAUUAAAAUAUCUUCUAAAAAGAGAUGCUCUAUUUCGUCGAUCGGAAAAUAUUAAGAACGAUCUUGAUAAAGGCAGUUUAGACAAAGCUAUAACUGAUUUUUUGAAGCAAACUAAUGAGCAUACACUAGAAAAGAAUGAUGAUGAAACAAGACGACGAUUGAAUGAAAUCGAUCAAAUGAUAUUUGCCUUAGAAGAUGAAAGUAGUGAGAAUACGAAUGAAACAAAGGAAAAAUUAGAAAUAGAACUUCAUAAUUAUGAAGAACACCAAUCAAAACUGCAAAAUUUAGAGAAUGAUAUUCAGAAAACGAAAGAACAAAUUCAAAGUUUGAGUAAAAAAGUAAUUGAUGAUGAUGAAAAUGAAGUAAUGUCGAAGAGUUAUGAUAAAUUGGACGAUUUUUUACAAAUAAAAAGAUUUCAAUUUGAGAGUAAUUUAAAUAGUCAGGCGAUUCAAAGUUUAAAAAAGAUGAAGAAGAACCAAUAUGAGAAAACAAUUCAAUGGAAUAGAUUCGAUAGAAAUAGAGAACAGAAAGAUGUUGAUGUAUUGACAAAACAUUUGCGCGAUGAAGAAAAAGCUUUGAAUGAAUUAACAAAUCAACUAGAAAGUAAGCAGAAAUUGAAAGCAAAUCUCGAGAAUAGAAACACAGAAAUUGAAGCAAAGGACAUUCCCAAAAUCGAAAGUAAAAUUGAAAAACAUAAACGUGUAAAAUUGCAAUAUGAGAAUCGUAUUGAAGAAUUGAAGAAAAAAAAGGAAGAAUUAGAGAAAGAAAAACUUGAAAAAAUUCUUAAUAAACGAACACAAGAUAUUUUUAUAGAUGUUGGAGGAUCGGAUAGAACCGUUCGACAUAAUGACAGAGACUAUCGUCCACAUGAAAAAUGUGUCGAUUUUCCGAAAAGGGGUUAUACAUGUCAUUAUAUUGGGGCUGUACGAGAAGCUGUUGAUUUCGUUUCAGAAAAACUUGAACUUGAGACAAGUAUUGAUAUCGAAGCAACAAAAUUACAAUUACUGAAAAAAUUGUCUGAUGAGAAAUAUGAACAUUCUGUCGGAGCAAUAAAAGAUGGAAAAGCGAGUGGAGAACAUGUUGAAGAUUUGAAAAAAGUUGUUGAUAAAAUAGUUAAUAGAAGAGAGGAAUUGCAAAAGGAAGCAACAAAGAUCAGUAAGACAUAUGAAGAGAGAAUCAAUCAAAUACAAAGAGAUAUUUCAGACACGGAAAAUUCGAAAAUAGACAUAGAAAAAAAUAUCGAAACUUUGAAUGGCAAUCGACAAGGUUUGAGACAGGAGCUUUUAAGUAAUAAAUUAUCUAUUAUCAAUAUUAAAGAAGCUAUUGAAUUGAUUAAGUCGACCAUGAAACAAAAACAAGCGCUCAUUCAUCUGUUAAAAGAAAAGAUAUCUCGUGCCAAUGCUAGAGUUCGUUUUUCAGAAAAAUAUGAUUCAAUCAAACAAAAACAUGACCUAACUGAGCAAAUUCGAUCGUACGAAGAAUUUCUUGAUCGUACUGCAGAAUCAGAUGAAAGUUCGAUGUUUUUAAGAAAGGAAUGUCUUAAACAACUUAAAAUUUUGAACGACUAUCGUAUUUAUUUGAGUGAAAAUCAAAAUAAGACAUCAAAUUCAGAAAUUAGUCCCAUAACUCAAGCCAGUUCUAAUAGAGAAAAUAAUAGUCAAUAUUCACACACAACUGAUAGAUCAACAGAAAAUCAUCAACAAAAACUUGAACGUUUAAAAAACGAUUUAUAUAAUUUAGAACAGCAGAAGAAAAAAAUUGAAUAUCAUAUACAGAAAGAAAAUAUUGUUAAUAAAGUCGAAGUAAUUAAACUUCAGUUAAGAUAUUUCGAAUCUCUUCCUCAUAUUAAUGAAAUUCGUGCUAGAUCGAUUUUACUAAACCAAUCAUCUCAGAUAGAUAGUCGAACUCAUUAUGGAUUCGACUUUCGAGGUAAAAAAUAUGCUCAUCCAUUACCAGAUCCCAACAGUAAUGAUAUUCAACUGGAAUAUAUUCAAAGAAUAAAUCGUAUUCUUAAUGUUGUAAAUUUAAUAGAUAAGCAAAUAGUUGAAUUAAAAGCUGAACGAAAAAAGUUGAGUGAACAAUCGAAAGCUGUUACGGAUGAACAACGAUCGAUAUGUUUUCAAAAUGUAGAAAGAUAUCUAUUAGAUCGAUCGAUUCGUUUAUCUGGAUUCGAUCGAUUUUACGAUGGAACAAUACUGAAUUCAAUGGAAUCUUUGAUUUCAGUUUUAAUAUCGGAACUGAUUGAUCGUCCUCAUCUGUAUGAAAUCGAUGGGAACAAUUGUCUUGAUCCACUCAUCGAACAAGGUGUAAUGAAAAUUUUAAAAAUUUUAAAGAAUAAUCAUGAUAUCGAUACAAUUAUAUCAGAAAUUAAUAGAGAAUAUUCAGAUGAAGGUUGUCUAUCGAGAAUCACAAUUUUUACUGAUGCAAAAGAAAUUGAAUACAAUCGUGAUAUUUCUAGCACUGAAGUUCAUAAUAAGAAAGAUUUAUUUUUGUUCAAACAGAAUAAUUUGUAUUUUGUAUUAAAACAUGAUCAGACAAUCAAAUUAGUCGAUGAUGAAAAUCUUAAUCUUAAAUUACAUAUCAAUCGAUACGUGUCUGACAUCGCCGAAUAUACUGAUCUUUUAGGAAAUUUAUGUCGCAUGCGAAUAAAAUAUCAUUUUAAAAAAUAUCUAGAAAAAUCGAAUAGUUUAAUCGAUGUUUAUCAAGAUGAAAUUAAUCAAUUAGGUAAAAUCUAUUCAAUAAGAGAAUUCAAUGGAGAAUAUUCAUCGUAUUCGAAUUCGACUCUCUUCUAUUUUCUAUCGAAUUUAGACGAAUAUUUAAGUCGACUCGAACUAAAAUUGUAUAAAAUGGAUUUUGAAUUCGAAGAAAUAUUAAAUUCUAGUUUAAUAAAAAUAAAAGAUCUUUAUAAAUCAGCUAUAAUUAAAGUAUUAUAUCAUGAGCAAGAACGAAGAAAUCAAAUACGUCAGGAUAAAAUAAGAAAAAAUGAUCGUGAUGAAAAUGAUUUGAAAAUUUCUAUUGAACAAGAUGAAGAAAGAGAAAAACAGUCAUUAGAAGCAUUGAACAAGAAACAAGAAGAAAUCUUCAAAAUUGAACAAGAUUUAAAUAGAAUUAUUGAUGAAUUGAACCGAUCUGAAACAACCUAUAGAAAACUCAUUGAAGAUCUAGAAAAACAACGAGCCAAUAUUUUAGAUCAAUUGAAUAAAUUGAAUGAAGAAUUACGUCAAUUGAGUAAUAAUAUGAUAGCGAACGAGCAAGAGAUUAGAAAGCUUCAGUGUCAAAUUGAAGAGUUAAACAAUAAUUUGAAUAGAGUGAAUAACGAAAUAAAUAAAACAGAAGUUGAAUUAGCGAAAACGAUAAAAGAAAAAUUAAAUUUAGAGACUGAAAAAGUCAAUUUAGAAGUCGAAAAAAAGAAAAUUCACAUUGAUAAGACACGUGAAGAAAAUAAUUUAAAAGAAAAACAAGCUGAAAUCGAUCGAAACCAAGCAUGGAUUAAAUUUUUAGAGAAUCUAAACCAAGCUUUUCUCAGCGAAGAAAUUCUUCAAUGUAAACAAAAGACCUUAGAUGAAAUUAAAUCAACAAAAACAUUAGAGGAAUUAUAUAAGAAAUUAAUAAAUAAUAGUAUUUUAAAUAAGUUUCUAUUUGAAAAUCUCAAUAGAAAAGAUGUCGAUGAAUAUGUUCGUAGAGCAGUAUCUUUACCUGAAGAUGAAAAUUACAAUCUAUUUAUUAAACUAAAACAAACAACCAAUAGUUAUCUUUGUCCAAUAAAUGGUCAGUUAAUUUCUGAACUUGGUCCAAAUACUGAUGGUAAACCGAUUCAAGUUAAAAAAUAUAAAAUUUCAGUUAAUAGUAGUAUUUCUUAUCGUGAAAUUCAUCAAAAUUUAAAGGAUGCUAUUGAGCGAGAAAUAAAGUGUCAAACAGGUGCAUUAGGUUUCGAACAAGAUUGCUUAAAAGUAAAAGAUAAUGGGAUAAAUUCAUUAGAAGAUCUACCAAUUGAAAUUAAGCCAUUGAUUACUGAUAGAAUUAAGAUAAAUUAUCAACAACAUGAAUGGAACAAUAGAUUGGAUAGUAAAUAUGAAAAAGCUGUUGAACAAUUGAAUCAAUUAAAAAUAAACUAUCGAGACAUUGUAUAUUGCUAUGUCGAUCAAAUUGAAAUACAAUGUUGUGGAACAUUUCUAUUAGAUUCGAAUGAUUAUUAUCCUGGUAUUGAUUUAAUAAUUCGUGCUAGAAAAAUGAAAUGUGGAAAACAGAGAGAAUCAGUUAGUCUAAUAACGACAGGAUCAGAUGCACCAGAAUUCGUUUUUUCACGAGCGUCCGAUGGAUAUCAAAGACGUAAGCAUAAGAAUACUCCCGAGGGUCAUUCAGGGCUUGACGGUGAAUUUGGUCGAGAUGGUCAGCAUGCGGGAAAUAUUUUUAUUAAAAUAGAUGAAACGAUCGAAUGUUUAGAGUUAUUAAAGUCGAUUGAACUUUGUGGUGGUAAAGGUGGGGUAGGUCAGUUAGGUGGAAAUGGUGAUAAGGGAUAUAAAGGAAAAGACGGAGAGAAUGGUGUUGCAGAUGAUACUCGUGGAUUUGGAGGAGGACAGACAACGUUUGGGUUCGGUCAACCAGGAACAAAAAGUGGCGAUGGAGGUAAUGCAGGAUUUUCAGGACGUGGUGGUCGUGCUGGACAAGCUGGAAAGUUAAGUAUAAGUGAUAGUCGAGGUAAUCUCUAUGAAUUACUGAAAGAUCGAAUUCGACAGAAUGAUGGAUUACCAGGUCGAGAUCCUGAUUUGACAAGUAGUAGUGCACCUAAAGGUGGAGAAGGUGGUGAUCCAACCAUAAUCGGAAUGGAUCAAGUAAGAAAUAAGCGAAGUUUUAUUCGUAAGACUACAACUGAAAAUGGUGAAGUCGAUAUUGAAUACUUAUUAGAUAAAAAUCCGGCAUUGAGAAAAGAAAUAGAAAAAAAUCAAAAAUGUGGAAAUAGAGGUGUUCCGGAAUAUGUAUCUAUUCCAUUUGUUCUCUUAGCUCCCAUUCUUUUGGCGCCCCUUCCACUGUUAAUUGACGGAACUAUUCCUUAUAGAAUGACUAAAACUGAAGAACAAUAUAAAGUUAAUCCAAGACGAGAUAAAAACACAAAAGGUAAAUCAAAGCAGAAUACAACAAGUCGUUUUCGAAACGAAACACAACGAGGAGUUGAAAUAGUUAAACGAGACUUUGCUAAUACUUCAAAUUUAGAUCAAUCUCUUUCAGAGAAACAGAACGAAUUAACAGAAAAUAUCGGAAAGAAUUAUUAUGAACAACGAAUAAAUAAACUAAAACUAGACAAGCAAGAUAUGGAGAAUAAAUUGGAAAGUUAUCGAUCCCAAUUACAAUCAGUAGAAAUUGAUAUCAAUAUUAAAGAAGAAUAUAUACAAAAAUUAGAAAGUCAAAUAAAUCAGUAUCAAAAAGAAUUGACUCAACUAAGACAAGAAAGUUUAAAACUAACAGAAAAUCAAACAUUACAAGUUGGACAGGAAAUUAAUCUAAUGACUGAACAACAAAAUCUACGAGAUAGAAGGAAUGAAAAACAAUUAGAACAGACAAUUUCAUUCAGUAAUUUAAAUUCAUAUGCAGAAUUACAUCAACAAUAUCGAGUAGAAUAUGAUAGGAUGAAAAAUUCUAUUAGUAGAUUACAACAUAAUAAACAGAAUCAAUUAAAACAAAGACAAGAUGAAAAAGUUGAAAUAGAAAAUCAAUUAGCAAUUUUAAGAGGUAAUUUACGAAAUAAUAGAAGAAAAUUAACUAAAUUUAAUGAUGAAAGACUUGAACUAUUGAAAGAAGAAAUUAUUUUAAACGAAGAUAUAAUACAAAAAACUCAACAAGAAGAACAACAUGAACAUGAACAUGAAAUUAAUUGGCUUCAGGAUAGUAAUAUUAGUAUACCGAGAACUAGAGAAAACUGUUUGAAUAAAAUUGAGCAGCGUGUUUUUACACCUUUUGCUAGAAAAAUUUUUAACCAAUAUGCAAAUUAUAAUGAAAACUAUGGUGAACUUUGGUUUUUUCAUUUACAUUCGUUUCUAAAAUGUAUAAAUCAAUAUUUCAACAAUGAUGAUAACUCCAUAGAAUUGAUUAUCAAUUGGUUAAUUAAAUUUGUUCUUCAAACAAUUCCCUUCUCUGAAAUUAUUCACGUUAUUCAUAAUGAUUCUUCAGAAUCAUGUAAUAGAAUAACAGAAAUAUUAUUGAAAUUCGAAAUGGAAUAUAAGUUAGCCAUUGUUGAUGAAUUUAAUCCAUAUUGUCUUUUAAAGCAAUCAUUAAGAGCAUUGACAAAUAUCGACCAGGCAAACUUAAACGAUAUUCGAUUUGAUUUAAAUCAAAUCGAACGUUACUAUAGAGGAAUUCAUUAUAGUUAUAAUAUUGAUAUGCAAGAGUUAAAAGAAAUUAUCAAUAGUCUGAAGACCGAAGGUAAUCAGUUGAAAGAUUUCGAAUUGAAUAAAUUAUUUGGUGAUUUUAUUCGAGAAAUAGAAUUAAUUACUAUCGAAAAAGUUCUAGAUAGAUUAGAUAAACAAAGUAGAGGUUAUCUAUUGCAAAAUUUUAAAUUGACAUUAAAUUAUUUAAAUAGUAGUAAUGAAGAAUAUAUUUUUUCUUAUUUAGAUUCGAAUUUCUUAAAUCAUCUAUCACAGUUAAGAUCUAAAUUUGACAUAUGUAACGAUAAUCUAUUAAUUAGAAUAGAAAAUGGCUUGAAUAAUAUUAAAGAAAAGAAAUUUCUUGAAGAAUCAAGUAUUAUUGAUGAUGUUGAACAGAUUGUCGCUUUGUUCGAUGCUAGAAGAUUAUUUCGACUUGAAUGUGCAAGUAUAGAUUUUCAUCAUUCGAACACAUGUCUUACAGCAUUAGAAUUAGAUAUGCUUGAAUUUAAUAGGAAUCCAACGUUUCAAAAACUUAUUUCAUUAGUUCAAGUUUUUCAAAUUAAACUUGCUAAUAAAGAAAAUUCGUUUUACGGAAAAUCGAUUAAAACUGAUAGAAAAUUUUUCGAAAUUGUUAUUGAUAAUUUCGAUUAUUUUGGUCAACAUAAUCUACAAUCAGACCUUUUGAAUGAAUUUCAUACUAUUGUAAGCGGAUUUUUAAAUCAGCGAAUAUAUUUUCUCGAUCUUGUUGAUAAUCUUCUGAAGAGAAUUACAAACAAACAAUGGUUGAAUACAUUAAUUGAUCAUAUAAAACAGAAAAACUUAUCUCCACAAUAUUAUCAUAAUAUUGUCAAUAAGUUACUAUCGUCCUAUGCUGAUUUCAAUGAAACAAAAAGACAAUCGAUUGAAGAAACAUUAAAUCAGAUUGAAGAUAGCAGUAAUAUUCAACUUGUGUAUAGAGACUUGUGUCGCUUAACAACUCCUCAAGAAUUAUAUAUUAGAUAUAAUUCAUCAGUUAUAACAGAUCAAUCAGAUGAAGAAUUAAAUGAAGAAGUUGAAGAUGAAAAAUUUAUAGAAGAAAUUAAAGAUCGAUGGAAAGGGCCUAGUAUAGAAAAAGUAACUAUUGAGACAAUAUUAUUGCAAGUAUUUUAUGAAUUAAACAGUACACUCAUUGAUAAAACAUUACGAGACAAUGUUAAAAACGAUUAUAGAAAACAAGUUGAAUUCGUUUUAAAGCAAGCUACGUCUGAGGAAUCGCGUGAAAAGAUUUAUUUUAUGUUUGUAGCAUUAGGGAGACAAACUUAUCAAUAUCAAAAUCAGUUAAGAACUGAUAAUCCAGAUCUCAUAAAAUCACUUCAACAGAACGUAUCCGAGGAUGAAGAACAACGACAUGAAAGUAUUCUUUUUAAUUUAAAUUAUUCCUAUUACAAUCUGCAAUAUGAGUAUGAAAAUCUUGAAGAAUCAAAGAUGUUCGAUUAUCAAAAAAGAUUAGAAAAUCGUAUUUUGAAAUUACGAGAAAUAACAAAGCUUUUAUCGGAUCAAUGUAAAAAUACUUUCCUGUAUGAUGUUCGACAGAUAUGCAAUCAACAAUUAAACACUUUCAAAGAUAAUCUGCUUCGGUUAAAAAUUACAAGCGAUCCGAGUGCGAAUAAUAUUUUGAAUGAAAUAAAAUCCUAUUUAAAAAAUUAUACUAACGAAAGUGAUUCAAGACGAAUUGAGAAGACUUUAAAUGAAAUAAUAAUGAGUUAUUCAGAUGAAAUUUUUAAGAGUCCAAAAUCAUUAGAAAAAUUAUUUGAAGAUGUUUCUAUAACGAACACUGAACUGUUGAAAUGCCUUCUCAAUUCACUUGAUUUUCGAAGUUCAUCUAAUUCGUUUGAUUUAAUUAGAGAUCUAAGAAAUAUGUUAAGUGAUAAAAAAAUUGAAGAUCGUCAAACUAUUUUUCUAGCAAAAUAUUUUCAACUAUGUCAAGUACAUACUCUACCUGUUCGAACAAGUUUAAGUAAUUUAAGAGAAAAACUUGAUCAAAUAGACGAACUAGAAAAUACUGUAAAUCAAGUUUUGAUAAUUUUAAACAAUGAGUUUGGAAUAGAUACGAAUAAAUCAGAGUUUUACAAUGAUUUAGUCAAACUUCUUGAUGAAGUUCAAUUACAUUACGAAAGACAAUUAGAAUUGCCUAAUACAUUUAAAGAUUUUCCAGACAAUAAUAUAACGAAUAUUCGUAAAAUGACAUUCGAUCUUGAUCAAAUUAAAAAUCUAACCAACAAUGAUUUAGAAAAAAUGAAAGUGAUUCAAUUUUCAUACAAAGGUGAAGAAAAACUAUCGCAUUUUGCUGAUGUAAUGAAAUCUUCUACGUACAAUCGAGAAGAGAAAAUCUUUUGGUUAGAAUACCUUUAUUGCUUUCACAAUGACAUUAAUACCGAUCAAGUAUUGAGAAAAAUUCUAUUAGCAUAUACUGAACGGAUUAAACUUUUGCGAAAGAAAAUAUCUGAUGCACAACUACAAUCGUUUCUCAACAGAUACAGUAAAGAUAGAGAUAGUGAUAUAUCAGAAGCUUUUCUUACCCUCAUACAAGAAAAGAACGAUCAACUAAUUACUGCAUUUCUCUACUAUCUAAAAAUCAGUAUAACAUUUGAAUCUAAACAUGAGGAUUCGUUGAGUAGAACAAUAGGAGUUUUACUAUCAUCGAAUAAAAAAGGUCAUUUCAAUGAUUUAAUAACUAUUCUCGAAGAUAAAGAAUAUGUAUUAAUUUGUAGUCUGUUAGAACCAUUGUAUAGAAAAGCAUUAGAUAAGCAAAAAUUGAAUGAACGAACUUUAUUCAAUUAUAAACAAGAUAUUAUAAAUGCAUAUAACAUCAAUAAAGAUGCAUCGGAUAAAAAGAUUCAUGAACUUCAAAAGACAUUAAUAGAUUUAUAUUUAAUAAAAUACGAUAGAAUUUUAGUUGACAAUACCGAUGGUGAUUUAUUUUAUUUGCAUAGAAUAGAACAAUUUAAAAAGCUAUCCAACGAAAUAAAAGAUAAGACUAAUGAACAAAUUGAAAAUAUUCUUGCUCAAUAUAUAAAUAGAGAAAUAUUCCAUCGAUUAACAACAAGAGAUGAACAUCGUAAAGAAUUCUAUUUUCAUAAAGAUGUGAUUGAUUCUAUUGGUUCGAUAUCUAUUCCCGAUAGUCAAAAUACAAGAAAACAUCUCAGUAGAAAAAAUCUCGACUACUUUUUUGAUAAAAAUGGAGUCUUCUUAAAAGAAAAAGCGAAACAAUUGAAUGAAUAUUCUGUAAUAGUUAAUCUACAUGAUGGUGCUAAGAUUUACGAUUGUUCUUGGAGUAAUCCUAAUGAAUUUCAAGAGAAAUAUCAAAUUUUAAUCGAUCUUUAUUCAUCAUAUCGAAUAGACUUAUUUCGAGAGAUGAUUCGAAGACCUUUAAACGAACAAAACUUUCAAUCAAAUCUCAUCGAUAUAGCUCGACAAGUAACUUAUCUAUUAGGAGUAAAAACAGAAGAUGCAUUAAUAGAGUUAGAAUCAAAUAUUCAAAUCGAAGCCAUUAGCCUGUUCAUUCAAGAAUUCUAUAAUCUUACUAUCGAUCGUAUGUUUCCUAGUAGAGAUGAACAAAUUGUUCUUUCAGAUUUUAUAUUUGCACUCGAUUAUUUUCUUGAACAACGUUUGGAAUAUCUGUUGUCAUUAGAAAUACACGAUGAUGAAAAACGAAUGAAAUUAAAUACCUUAGAAAGUGAAAUUAAAAAAUUAAAAAUUUGUCUAAAUAAAAAAAUCUAUAAAGAAAAUAAUUAUCGUUUAGUUGAAUAUGAAUAUGAAAAUUUGAUUCAAACCGUAUCGGAAACUCCAAUUGUUCGUUCAUUACAUUCAAGUUUAUCGAUAGUUGAAAAUUUACUCUAUUUAAUAAAUAGAUUCGAAGAGAAAAUUAAGAAAGAGUUUAUUGAAGAUUUUAAAACAGUUUUAGAUGAUAUAUUGAGAAAGAAAUAUUUAAUAAUUCUUUUUAAGUAUUGUUGUUUGUUCUGUUCAUUAAAUGAAAAUGAAAAAGAAACGUUACUUCGUUUUCAUUUACAGAAUUCAAAUGAAAUUGAUAUUGCUUUAAAAUGUUUGAAAAGCAUAAUUGACAAGACGUGGAAUAUACGAUUAUGUUCGAAUGUACCUGAGAGUAUUGCAAAUGAUCAAGAAAUCGUUAUCGUUAAAAUAGAUACAACAUUUAGUAUUUACUAUCGAAUGAACGGUCAAACAGAGCAUUGUUCCAUCGAUAAUGAACAAUACGUACGUAGUCUUUCAUUAGUAGAUUUUAAACAACAGACGAUUCCACGUGAUAUCUAUGAAAAAAUUUCAACGAUAGUUUUUGAAAUCAUUCGUUUGAAAUCAGAUAUUAAUAUUCAAAUGAAUUAUUCGAAUCGAAAUCGAAUUAUUGAAUAUGUUCGACAUCAUUUAGAUGAAAUAGAAUUUUCUGUACUUGAAAUUGAAGUUCACAUUGGCAAUGAUGAGCAAUUCGAAAAAUUGAUAAAAUUAUUCAGUACGAAAGAAGAAAAACAUGCUGUCCAUUGGAUUUUAUCAUUUAUAGGAGAUAAGGAAUCAGAAAUGAAAAAAUUAAAUGAUAUAUUUAUUCUAAAACCUGUUCUUUCGUGGUACGAGGAAUUGAGUGAAUUCAAAGUUGAAUUAGUUCGAGAUAGAAUUUUCAAGAAAUUUUCUGAUGAUCUAGAAAAGACGAGCGACAAAAAUCGAGAUAAAUUUCAAAAUGCUAUUCGGGCAUCUCUGUUUUUUGCUGAGAAUCAUCGAGAUAGUUGGUUUGAACUAAUGACUGACAUAAUAAGUAGAAAUGAUGAAAUUGUAAUUUCAUUGAAUGAUCUCAUGAAAAUUAUUUCAUUAUUUGCCUAUUUCGAAGAUUUAUCCGUAUUGAAACAGAUAGUUAAGAACAAUAAACAGACAAUAUGGUUAUUCGAUAUUUUAUGUGCACGUGUUGAACAUAUUUUUAAAAAGAUAUUCACUGGAAAUUUUUAUUCGGAAUUAUCUAAUAAAUUAAAUCAUUUAAAAGGAAAAUUACGAAUUGGCAUGGAUCCACAAUGUCUAUUUCUUGAUACGUUUGGCCAAUUACUUUCAGAAUACCAAAAUCAAGAAUCUAAACAAUUACAACAGAAUUUUAGUCGAUUUUUAAUUGAAUUCAUUGAUUUAGUUAUUCAAAGUCGUGUCGAUUUAGAUCAUGAUUUGUUAAGUAGAUUAUCUAUUCAACCAUUACCUAUGUGGAAGUUAUCACUUGAAAAAAAAGUUCUUGUCAAUGAACUCGAUCAAAUUGAUGUGUUUCAAAAAGGUACUGACGUAGAUAAAUCUGUUACAAUUGAUUAUUUGUAUAAGAUCGGAGAUGAAAAAGGAAAAGAUAUUUUAGAAAAUUUAUUAAAGCUUAUUACAAAUGUUAGACAUUCAGAAAAUAAAUUUACCCUUAGUCAAUUGAAUGUCUUAUUAGAAGAAUUAAGUUUCGGUGGUUUUACGCUCGAUCAAGAAAGUUUAGAACAAUUAAAAGAUAAAUCAUCCGAUCAGUGGGAAGCGAUUUUGAAGUCUCAUAUGGAAGAUCAGUUUCGUGAAUUGAAUGUGGAACAAUUGAUUAAAGCUAUGAGAGAAAAAACUGGUGAAAGAAAAAUCAAUGAACCUAUUAAACAUCUAUUGAAUGGUCAACGUGGUGAAACAAAUAUUGACAAAUUGUUAGAUAGAAUCUAUUCGUUCUAUGGUCAACAAUUUAAUGAUAAAGAUAAGUUGUCUGUAGAUAAGGUUCGAACAUCAAACAUUUGUACUGAUUUAUCUAGUAAAUGGAUUAUGAAUUGGACUAAGGAUGAUAUUCGACAAUGGGCCGAUAUGUUGAGAGAAGAAAAUCGUUCACAUAAAGAAUAUUUCAAUUGGGAUAAAGAUUUUCUUCCAGAAAUAAUAGCAGUCAUUGUACGAGCAGUAGAAUUAUAUCAUGGUUAUCAUCCGAGAAAUAUUCAAUUGAUAGCAUUAGGAAUAUUUUUAGAACCACAUAGUAAAGAAAAAGGUCGAUUAGGUAAUAUAUCAACAGGUGAAGGAAAAUCGUUGAUUACAGCUAUGUUAGCUACAGCACAAGCGUUAAUCGGUAGAAAGGUCGAUAUUGUUACGAGUUCGAAAAUUUUAGCUAUUCGAGAUGCAAGUAAUAAUCCCAAUGAAGGUUAUAAAGAAUUCUAUCGUCUAUUUGGUUUAAAUGUUAGUAAUAAUUGUGAUGAUGCUUGUGAAAAUCCAGGCACUGGACAAGCAGAAAGAAAAGAACGAUAUCAACAAAAUGAGAUUAUCUAUGGUGAGACUGCUUAUUUUCAACGAGAUAUUCUCUUGACAAAAUUUUUUGCAAAAGAUAUUAGAGAUCGUAUAGGUGAUAUUCUUAUUGUUGAUGAAGUUGAUAAUAUGGUUAUUGAUAAUGCUGAGAAAACAUUAUAUAUUUCUCAUGGUAUAGCUGAUAUGAGACAUCUACGGGAUUUAUUUAUUCAAAUUUGGGUUUCAGUAAAUAAUAGAGUCGAGCAAUCUUAUAGUGAAGAGAAUGUUAAUAAAAUCCAUCAGUAUAUUCAAUUGUUAAUUAGUAAUAAAGAUUUAAAAAUUCCAAGUACUCUAAAGAAUUUUGUCGAUAGAAGUUUAAAAACAUGGAUAUCAAAUGCUUAUUGUGCGAAAUAUAUUGAAGAUAAUGAUAAUUAUAUAAUAGGUGAUGUUGAGUCUACUAAGAACGGAGAAAUCUUAAUUAUGGAUAAGGAUACGGGUGUUGAACAAUUAAAUACACGUUGGAGUAAUGGUUUACAUCAAUUUCUACAAUUGAAACAUUGUGGAAAGUUAAGUGAUGAAAGUUUAAAAGCAGUUUUUAUAUCGAAUAUGAACUUUUUUAAAUUGUAUGACAAUCUCAACGGAAUGACUGGAACAAUAGGUGGUCAAGAAGAAAGAGAACUAUUGAGUCUUGAAUAUGGUGUCGAUUGUUUUGAAUUGCCACGUUUUCGAAAAUAUCGAUUUCGAUAUGAAAAAACUAAUGAAUGUGUUUGUAAAGAUGAAGAUGAAUGGUGUGAACAGAUUAUAGCUGAUAUAAAUGAAAAAAUGGAUGCUAAACGUCAUGUUAGUGAACAGGAAAAAACUGAAAUAGAAGAAAUUCAGAAACAAUCAGAAAUUUUAUUAGAAGAUGUUAAAAAAGAAUUAGAAAUAUUAGUUCAACAACGAGAUAGAAAAAUAAAAGAAAAAUAUGAACUGAUUAAACAGAAAAAUACAUAUGAUAUAGAAAAACGAACAAUAGUUAAGGAAGUUGAAAAAAAAUGGAAUGAUGACGUAAACAAUCGAACUCGUGUAUAUAAAUCAUUAGAGAUUUGUGAACAGAAUAUUAAUGUAACAAAAAAAGCUAUUGAUCAAAUCGAUCAAGAUAUAAAUUCAUCAGAAGAUACGAUUCGUUUUCGUCAAACACAAAUAGUUAAAUUAGAAAGAAAUAUUCAACAUUAUCAACAAAUAUUAGGAUCAGGUGAGAAUAGAGAUAGGAGACGAGCUGUUCUUGUUAUAUGUGAAAAUAUUGCUAGUCUAGAGAAAAUAGCUGCUACAAUUCGACAAAAAUUUCAAUCGAAUAGAAAUUGUAAUAUCUAUACGUAUGAUCGAGCUUAUAGAAAAUUUGAAAAAAGUGAACUCAAUCCUGGAGAUAUAAUUAUAGCAACGAAUAUAGCUGGACGAGGAACUGAUUUAACUAUAGAUAAAUUACUCGAAGCCAAUGGAGGAUUACAUGUUAUUCUAUCUUAUAUACCGGGAAAUUUACGUGUGCAACAACAAGUAUUCGGAAGAACAGCUCGAGGUGGAAAAAGAGGUACUGGAGUUUAUAUUGUGUAUGAUCUACGUAAAUUAAUGUUGAUGCCCGAUAUAACGAUUGAUUUUCUUCUUCAAGAACGAGAUGACAAAGAAAAGGAACGAUUACAAGAUAUUGUUAGUAAAUCAUUUCCUAAAAUCAAAACUGAAAACAAUCUAUUCGAUGAAUUUAAUCUUUUCAAAGAAGAGAUCAAAUCAAAUAUACAAGAAAGUAUUCAAAAAUCUGACCAUAUGAAUGAAAUGACUCAAAUAUUCCCAUUUAUAAAUAGAAUUUUUCGAUAUGAUGAAUUAGAUUUUAAUGCCAACUUUUUAGAAUUACAACUAAAUAGUUUACAAAAUCAUUGGGCUCUCUGGUUGAAUGAAAUGGAUGAAAAAUUGACUCAAGUCUAUUUAACUAGAUCAGAGUCGAUUUUAGAAGAAUUUAGUAAAUUUAAACAAGAAAUGUCUAGAAACUUAUCAUCAAAUAGAUUUGGUUUAGUCAUUGAACCUGGUGAAUUAGUUAAAUUAAGUCAAUUAUUUAUGGAUCAUAAAAAAUACAAAGAAGCUCAGGAUUGCUAUGAUGACAUUAUUGAAAAGCAUCCCGAUUUUUCGGAUAUUGCUCAUUAUUAUAAAGCAUUCUGUAUCAUUCAUUUAGAAGGUGGAGCUAAAGAUGAAAAACUUCGAGCAAAAACACAUCUUAAAAAAGCUCUCGAUUUAUUAGAAUCUAGACGAAAUACAAUCAUGUCACGUAACCAAAUAUUGCAAUCGUUAAAUCAAAUUACACAACAGAAAGGUCAAGGUUUAAAUGUUAAUUAUUUUAGAAAACAGAAUGAAGGCGAAGCACAAAUAUUAUCACAUCAUAUCAAUGCUAUUUUGGAGGCAAUCGGUAGUGAGAUUGCUUCGGAAAAUUUUCGACAAGGAAAAAUAACAGGAGAUAUUCCGAAUGAAGUUUACAAAGAAUUACUGAAAGAUAAAUACAAUAUAAUAAAAGAUAAUCGAAUCAAUACUACCCGUCAUAUUGUUAAACAUAGAAAUAUGAUUAAAGUCAGUGACGAUUUUAAGGAUUAUUUAGUUGGCAAGUUAGAUGAUCCUGUGUUUUGUUCAUUGGGAAAUGAUAUUAAAAGUUUAUUGCUUGGACAAAAGCUGAUUCGAUUCGAAGCUGGAGAUAGGAUAAAUAACGAAACAUUUUUUAAAACCAUAUGUAAAAAAUUGAACAUGGAUGAAGUCAAAUGUGAAAUGAUUCAGAUUCUUUUUAAAGAUUUAUUUGAAGAAACGAUUGAAAUUGUUACUCAUGUAUCUGAAAGUUUAGGUCAAUCGAUUAUUGAAAAAUUAAAAGGUACAGAAUUAGAUGAAAGUUUUCCUCAAAUUCAACAAGUCAUAAGAGAAGUACUAUCUGGUCAUGAGAUGUUUCCACUAAGUUCAAGAGAUGUUAUUCAGAAAACUACUUGGAUCAAUACAUUAAAGGAAUUUGUUCGUAAUGAUCAGAAACUAUCAGAUGAACAACUAGAGAAUAUAUUAAAAUAUUUAGAAUUUCGCGAGACUCUGAGAAUCGAUAAAAAUUUGGAAGAAAAAUUUCUUAAUAAUACCAAUAACGAAAUAUUUUGCGAAGACAGUUUAUCGUUACGAACAGCUGAUGAAGUUAGCAAAGAACUUUGGUGUCGUUUAAGAGAAUUGACUGUAAUAAAAGAAGCGAGAGUCAAUUUUAAAUUUACCAAUGAUCCUGAAAAAAGAAUCGAAAUUAUUCAACAACAAAUUGAAAGUGUAGUUGAGAAAAUAUUCGGUUUAAGAAGAAAAGAAGAUAGUUUAUAUACAGUCGCCGAUUGGACAGGAUUUGGAGAUUUAGUAUCAUCGGAGAAUAAAGAACUAGAUGAAUAUAUUGAUAGUAUUACUAAUGUUUUGAAAAAUGUUGCUGGAGUAUUUCGAACAAUACCAAAAGUGAAAAUAGAGGAGAAAAAUCUCAAAGCUAUGUUUCAAACAGGAAAAAUACCACCCGAACUUAUGGAUUAUGUUUGGAUGUGUUUUGAUUCAGUAUUGUCCUUAAAAGAAGAUAAAGGUUUUUGGGAUUGGGAUGCAUUUGCUUGUGCUAUGAUCGGAAUAGGACAAAUUGUAGCAGGUAUUGCAAUAGAUAUAUGUACCUGUGGUCUUGGACAUUAUUUUGCUCAAGCUUUGAUUGCUGAAGGAAUCGGAGAUAUUAUUUUUGCAAUCCAAUCGGGUAUUCAAGGAAAUUUUAGUUGGAAAGCCUAUUGUCAGCAUAAGGUUCAAAGUUUAAUUAUUUCAUUGUUAACAGCAGGAGUUGGAAGCUAUUUAGGUAAGGGUGCUCAAGCAGGAAAGAUGGCACUCGGCUUAGCAACAAAAACCGCAGUAUUAAAAGCUAUAGGAAAAGAAACUAUAACACAAUUGAUUACUGGUGUCACAGCGGCCAUAGUGAAUAUUACAGCAGAUGAGUUAAGUCGAUUUGUCAUGAACGAAAUAUUGGAGAAACACUUCUAUAAAAUUUUUGAUCAGUGGGUUGCAAACAAUGAAAUCUAUAAAGAAAAAAAGAUAAGAUUAGCUGAACGAUUCGAAAGCAUUUAUCAGAAAUUCGGUGCACAAGAUGCAGGAAAUCUUAUAAAUGACGCGACUCAUGCAACUCUAUUAGAUUUGCAUCAAGGAGAUCUUGCCAAUGCAAUAUUUAAUAGAGUUACACAAAUAGCUCACGGUAUUUCAGGAGCAUAUUCAGCUGCAGCCCGAACAUUUAAGAAAGGUAGUAGCAAAGCGGUAUUAUUCACUUCAAUCGCAAAAAUUAUUGAUACCACAGUGAAAGGAUUCAAGUUUUAUAAGAAUUUAGUAGAUAUAUGUGUUUUAUGCAAUCGCUUUUGUGAAAUUCUGGAUAAGAAAUUAUCAGAGAGAUUUCAAAAUAAUAAAGCGAAAUCAAAUACGGAGAAGAUAAAAGAAGAAAAUCAGAGUAUUUCGAUAUCUGCUCGAAUCUCAGAACAUAUAAAAUCCAUGGAAGAUCAGAUGAAAAUUGCCAUGAAAGAAAAAGUUAGAAAUGAUUUUUUAAAACCUGGCAUACAAUUUACAUUCAAUCAUGCAGUCAAACCGAUCAAAGAAUUCAUCACUUCUCCUUUUGCUAAUGCGAUGGAAGAAUUGAAAGAUCAUAUUGAUCAAAGAGCUGAAGAAUAUAUGAAGAUAGUUGAAAAGAAGGGACAUGAAGCAUUAAAUAAAUUAAGUUCAAGGAAAAAGCGUGCACUAGAACAAUUAGGAUGUUUGAGCGAUGUGAAAAAUAUGAGUCCUCAAGUGCUAAAAGAAAAAGUUUCUAAUCUAAAUGGUGAAUCUAUCCAAAACUUGAUUAAACAACAUGGUGACAACGUAAAGAUUGCCAUAAGAAAUGGAAAAUUGUAUGCAGUUCUUCCAACGUAUAAAGAAUACAUGGAUAACAUAGAAUCAGGAAUAUAUGCAGGUCCUAUGCAUUUUAAAUUAGCUGCAGAAAAAUUCAAAGCGCCUAUAGAAGUACUCGACCCUGAAAAUGGUUUUCAGCCACAUGCCGAUGCACCAGAUGGUGGUAUCAUUUAUCCUACAAAAAUCAGUUCUGACAAGCCGAUAAAAGUAGCUUUUAUAAAAUCGAACAAGAAGGGUGAUGUUGGUCAUUUUGCUCCAGUUAUAGAGGUAAAUGGUGAACUUCGAGUUGCGAAUAUAAACCAAGAUGUCGAUACUACGGAUCAAUGUUUUGCGCAAACUAUGCUAUUUAUUGAGAAAUAUAAUGCAGGAACAAUAAAAGAUAUUGACUUUGAUGGUAUGCAUGAUUAUGGUAUAAGCAAGGGCGAUACCGACAGGUUUAACGCAAAUUUAGCUCAGUUAGGCAGAAGUAGUCAAUCAAUGCGAGAGGUAUAUAAUGAAGGUCUUACUUUGGAACAUCCUGAGUUUUUAGGAGGAGGAACGAUCAGAUCUAGAAGAGUGACAGAUCUUGGAAUCCACAAGAAAAGAUCACCAAGAUCUCGUACAAGAGAUCCAAACUCUGAAGGUGAUUCCGGUAGCGAAAAUCCUUUGAUUGCUUAUAGGUCGUUGCGUCCAGACGAAGAACCUCGGGAUGAAGGAUUACGUCCUCCAGAAGAUCACGAUCCUGAAAUAUCGAUAAAAGAACAUGUUGCUCAUGGUAGUAGAGCUAAAAAGAAGAGUUCAUGGGUUUCUGCAUCAAGAAGUAUCAAAGUAGCAGGAGCAUGGGCUAGUGAGAAUAAAAGAUUCGUUGCAGAAUUCGAUGUGCCAUUUGAGGAAAAGUUACCAUAUGAAGAAAGAUCUGUGUUUGAUUUAACUGAUCCAUCAACGCAAAACUAUGUAUUUGGCAGUGAUUUGAGUAUGCCAAAAAAUUUUGCAAAAAGUUCUCAAGAAAUAGUCAUAAAAGGUGGUGUAGACGCCAGUAAAAUACGUAAAAUCUAUAGUACUCGAAGAGUGACGGAAGAAGAGUACAAGACUUUGAAAAGUCAAAACCUUGAAGGCAUGAGAUUUAUCAAGACAAGACAAAGAACAGAUGAUCCAGUAUUGUCUGUAAUAUUGGAGGAAGUGUGGAACAGAACUAGCGACGAACAACAACUCGAGUAAUGAAUUUUAUUAACUGUUUAAACAAUAUUUGUUUUAUUGACGCCUAAUCUUUGACAAAAUCUCAGCUCAUUAUUAAAAUUUAUCCGAUUUUUCCAGUUCUACUAUAAUAAAAUUUUAUUGUUAAAACGAGAACAUCGUCAAUACACAGUUCGAAGGACAUGACAUAUGCGAAAGCAUCCAAUGAAAAACUAACGAAAAAAAAGCGAUAAGUACCACUGCCUAUGUAUCAUUGAUCAUUAAUCUUAUAACAAAAUGCCACAAUCAUAAGGAUCUAGUUUUUAAAAUCUUUGCCGAAACUCACCCACAUGAUGUAAAUUUAUCUAGUUACAAAUUUUACUAACAAUCGAUAAUUCUAAAUAAAUGGUAUAUAGAUCUAGAAAUGCCAUCUUCAUCAUGAUUGUCUCUUUUUGACUUGAUAUCAAUGAAACUUUUCUCGUAAAGCAUUAGACAGAGCAAUCUCUCAUUCUACACCCUAGCUUCAGAGUAUGAAAAGAUAAUGAAUUUGUCCUAUUCGUUUUUCUAGAGUUCAACUAUUUGAAUAGGAACCAAUUCUGUUUUCAAACUUAGAUAGGUCCCACAAAAAGACAACUUUCGAGUUGACUCUGAUAAUGAGUUUCAAUCUACUUCGAUGUUUGAUAAAUUUAUGUUUUUGUUUUUGUCAGUGAUAGUACUUUCUCAUACAUAACUAUUAGCCUAGAGUAUUGUUACGUUUUUCUUUCAUAUAAAUUUUAUUUUUCUACUUUUUUUGUAUCAUACUUAUAUGGAAUUCGUUAUUAUCAUAUCAGGAUGAUGUUUUACUAAUAUCUGCUGUACUUUUAUUUUUGAAAUUGUGUGGAUUGGUUUUGACGCUUGUUAGAAGUUUAAUGUGGUUGUGAUCUAUGUUAUUUUGUCUAUCUUUACGUAUGUCAUGUACGAAUUCCCUUAUUCUUGUCUGUUCAUUAGUUAUAAGUUUGUUUUUGUCUUGAUAUUCGUUAUGCAAAGUUUUAUGUUAACAUUAACUGAAAGGCUUACCUUAUUUUCAAAUUGAUAUUAUAAAUGAAAUGUGAAAAUAACUGAUACCCUCAAUAGUCAUCCAGUUUGUGCUCUGCUCUAUUCAACUGCAUGUGAUCCAUGGAAGAUUGUAGUAAGUGUCCACCAACAAAUAAAAAAGAGGCAGUGUUCUUCGUCGUUUCAAGAAACGUUAUUUCAAUACUAUAUCGGAUCAGAGUCUUGACAAAACAUUUUGAUCCAGUUAGACGUACAUGUGAAAAAGCCUCAAAAUUGACUACAUGCAUACAAUGCAUUAAUUGAUGGAAUCGGAACCAGCUAAUCAUUGAAUUUGAUCGAUUAUUUUGAAUGAUACGCAACCAAUUGCUUCUAUUUGAAGGCACCAUCGAUCAAAUCGUUCGAUUCUAAUAUUAAAUGUGUUCUGUUUGUGGAUCUUCAUACACGAAAAACCACUUUUAAUACGGAUUAUUUUAAACGUAGCAGUCAUCCUACGAAGAUUUCUAUGUAUGCAUAUAAUCUGCAUGAAUCAUUAAGACUGAUUUUCAACUACUUCGAGUUUGCCGAUUGAUGAGUUAAUUAUGAUCAAUACAACAAAAUAACUGCUGUGUGUUUACAUGUACCAUUUAUUAUUCUUAAUGGUGAUCUCGGGUAAAUAAAUUCAUCGCCAUCGAUCGUAAUUCUCAGUUUUGUCGAUAUCAAUGCUCUCAAACCAGAAAAUUGAUUAUUUUCCCACUUGGCUUCAGUACGAUAAUAUUCCAAACGUGUUCUACACAGGUGACCCUAUUUCAUGUUUGAUGUCAAAGAAGUACAACAUGUUUUCAAUUGCAUCAGCUACAUCCAACUAGUAGAAACGUUUUAUUGACCUGAAGGACAUCGAGAAAUAUCAGUAUUAUUUACACGGUAGCUAUUCCAUUUUGGACUUUGAUUAUAUGCCAAUGAAUGAUAACAUCUUCUACCACUGUUUCAAAAACCAUAUUGGAGACCAGGUGUCCUGAUAUAAGAAAAAUGAUGAGUCGAAUCAUUGCGAAGUGCAUUAUUAAAUAUCUGUAUGAAGCUUUUGAUACAAUUCGUUUCUAAUCUUUAUCCAAGAUUAUAUUAAUUGGAAACGGAGGGUGUGGGUGUGGGUGUGGGUGUGGGUGU